AUGUAUCGGAGAAGGAGCGUGCGAAAUCGGAGUGUGUUACUUUCUUUUUGUUUUGGAGUCAGCAGCACUCGAGAUUUGGCGAAGGGGGAAAAUGGAGUCUUUUCAUCAAAAAGGCACAGUUGCCGAGGACUUUCUAAUGAAAAAUCCAAUAAUACAUUUAUUGAGAUUAUUAAUUCUAUCUAUCUAUCUAUCUAUAUUAUUUUUAUCUAUUAUUUUUCUCUAUCUAUCUAUCUAUAUUAUUUUUAUCUAUUAUUUUUCUCUAUCUAUCUAUCUAUCUAUCUAUCUAUCUAUCUAUCUAUCUAUCUUAACUUCUGUAUUUACCAAUUAUUUUCUUUAACUAUAUAUCUUUUCCUCUAUCUAUCUAUUAUUAUUUUUCUUAUUUUUUUAUUAUUAUUUUUUCUCUAUCUAUCUAUCUAUCUAUCUAUCUAUAUUAACUUCUCUAUUUACCAAUUAUUUUCUUUACCUAUAUAUCUUCUAUCUAUCUAUCUAUCUAUCUAUCUAGUUUUAUCUAUCUAUCUAAUAAUUUUAUCUAUCUAUCUAUUCUUCAUCUAUCUAUCUAUCUUCAUUUAUCUAUCUAUCUAUCUAUCUAUCUAUCUAUCUGUUUAG